GAAAAUGGAAGAAAUUUUAGAAGGAAUCACUUCUGAGGCUGAAAUCAAGAAAUUUGAGAAAGUGUUCGUUGACCAGAGUGCCAAAGGACCCCCUAGCCACGAUGCACAGUUUAACUAUGCCUGGUGCUUGAUAAGGUCCAGGAACCAAACAAAUAUCAAACAAGCUAUUCCACUGCUUGAGGAUUUAUUCCACAAAAGUCAAGAUGACAUUGCCAAGAGAGACUAUUUAUUCUACCUUGCAGUAGCUAAUUGUAAAUUAAAGGACUUUGACAAAGCACUAAAGUACACAGAUGCAAUUAAGCAAGUGGAGCCAAAGAAUCACCAAGCCCAUCAGUUGGAAGAUUAUAUAAGGAAGAAAAGGAGGACAGAUGGGUUAAUUGGCAUGGCGGCAGUGGGAGGAGCAGCAGCAUUUGGAAUAGCAGCUGUAGGCGCACUUGUUGGAUUAGCCAUUGCAAAGAAAUAGAAGAUACAUAGCCGCAAUGUUACAACUAAUUUAUUAAUAAAAUGCUUUUUGGGUCCGCUUAAAGAGCAAACCACUUUAUAUGACUAGAUGAGGAAUGCUUGUCAACCUGUAUUCACAUCAUCUUUUGUGGUCACUUGCUAGUUGACGAAAAAUGAAAAUGUAGCCUAUCCGUAGUUAUAUUCUGACACUCAUUAUGUUUAUCUGUCUUGCAAACA